AUGUCCUCCCGCCCUUUUCAAACAUGUGUUGAAGAACCAGACACCAACAGACAUUCUGAUACCCUGAGAGAUAUCUACGCUGGCUAUGUUUCGGAGUUGGUGUCCCACACACGUGCCUUCUUCAGACAUGAGCUUGACUUGGAACCACUCGACAAACUGUCUGCCAUGACCUACAUUCGUGGUUUGAACUGCACUGAAAGUCCAUACCAUAUCAGACGGCAGCAUCCAGACCGAAACAACUACCCCGAAGAAUGUUUGACAGAGUGUGCGUGUACCGUUGAUCCUGUGGCUCACAAUCUUUCUCGUGCGGUCCGCAAUCAGGAAGCCAUGCGCGUAAGAGACAAGAGAGCCUAUGUGUGGUUCGAAGCCGUUCAACAAGACACGCAUCUGGAAACGUAUCAAACCGAACACUUUGUCCAAAUUCCCAAUCAGUUGGCAAUCAACUUGGACGAGGAAUCGUCAGAAAAACAUGACCGUAUGGUAGAACGCGUUGGUCAGCAGGUGGUGUCCCUCUGCCUCCUCGACCACAACCCAGACCUUCAAACCCAGUGGACCGCUCGCUAUGACGAUUUAGAUGAGUGGCGCGAGAGGGUAAUGCAUCGUGAGGCUUUGUGCCUCAUCAUGAUCCGCUACGCUGCCGCUGAUCCUGGCAUCUCACUCAGCUUCGCAGACGAGCUCAUGAAAUACAUAUUAACCAUGCUUGCACCGGGACUUGACGAGACGGACUCUAGUAUCCAGCACUUCUUCUGCAAUAUUUCUGCCUACAAAGACUUCGCCGAACUGACUGCCAUAUGUGACCAAAUGACAACUGGAGACAUUAUCAGAAGGGGCAAGUGGAACUAUAGGCAGGAGUGUAUGGAUCAACAAGAUCAUCUUCUCAACACGAUGAGACGCAACCGCAAUAUAUCCUAUCGGAAUAUCGUCAACAAGCAAAGAGUCGCAGAAGCAGUCGCCCAAAGGUACAGGAUUCCUGGCUCUGCCAUCCUUGACACCGACGAGAUGCGAGACUGCGUCAUCUGCAGCGACCCUUUCGACACAUCAGAGGACGAUUUUGUUCCUGAGAAUCUUGCCGUCAUUCAACUUCCUUGCUGUGCCAAGUUUAUCCACACACGAUGCUUCAAAGGGGUUACCACUGGAAAGAAGCAGGCCUGCUCGUUCUGCAACGCCGAUCUCGAAACAAUAGGUAUGGACCCAGGUGACGGGACUGAGUUUUUAUCAUUUGCAUUACGUCCCGCGGAGCUCCCACCAGGACUACACCGUUUUUCAACCGGCAUAGAGAAUGCCAUUGCAAGAUUCGUUGAUCCAAAAGGCAUCACUCUGCUGAAGGAGUUGAACAAGGUUAUCGAAGAUGAGGAAGACAUUCCCAGGGGUACUCUUGGUGUGGUGUACAGGGACUGGCCUAUGAACGCGUACUGA